AUGUCGUCUCUUUACCAGUUGGAUGAAGAAACAAAGGAAUUACUCACCCUUGACAAUUUCCUCAAGGAUUUAAGUAUUUCGGAGUUUGUUGACCGUCUAUCGAAACAGAAUGUGGAGUAUAAAUCAAAAUUCAACAACGGUGUCGAGUACAUUGAUCCGAAACCAUACAUACGAACAUUUGAGUUAGUUGAAAAGCAAUUGGAUAAACUCAACAAAGAGUGCUCCGAAACCAGGACAAGAAUUGAGAAUCAAGUUCAUAUUAGAUCAUUGCAGCACUACAAAAAUGUUUUACAACUCAAUGGGAAGGCUGCAGAUUUAGAUAGAAGGUACAAAAAUCUUUCCAGUGAUGUUUCUAAAUUAUACGAUAGUCGAAUUAGUCCGAUGAGAGAGAAACUCACACAGGCCAAGAAUCUUAAAGAGCAUUCCGAGGAGUUGAUUUUUGUGGCGAAGUGUUAUAAUGAGUUUUACAUAAAUGGCAAACCUCCUUCAGAACUUGUUGAUUACAAGUUUUCUGAUUUGGAGAAGAUAUCAAAAGCUUUCAAUCAGCUUCUUUCUCUUUCAUCAAAGCUAUCUGAGGAUAGUGCAUUUUUACCAAAGGUUAAGCCCGCAAAUGAGGCAAUAAUCAAGUGUGCUGAGAGUUUUGAGCAGAAGCAAUUGCAAAAUUUUGUUUCCUAUUACGAUAGCAAAGACAGCAAAAGAACUCGUUAUAUUGCAAAAAUAUUGUUCAACCUCAAUGGAGGUACGCAUAUCGUCGAAACAUUUGUUGAGCAUCAUCCUCUUUUUGGAAAACUGCAAUCUAGUAAGCAACCUGCUGUUGAUAAAGAUUAUUGGCUUGCCCUUGGAAACCCAGACGAGGCAUUCUACAGUCUAGAUCAAGCAACAUUAGAUCUUUUCAACUCAAUUGGAAAGAAUUUCGACCAGGAAUUGCCCAAGAUUAUAGAUAUAUUCGAGGAUGAUACUAGUGCUGUACUCGAAUCUCUCAUUUCAAAGUUGUUCGGUGAUAUUAUCCAUUCGAGAGUUGAUUACCUAAUAAAAAUGGCAUCAUCAUACUCUAAGCUUGCAUUCUUACGUAUUCUACAUCUUGUGGCGACAGAAUUAUACCGACUAACAUUAAGCAAAAUGACUAAUUUACUGCAGGAGAAAGAUAUCCAGCUUACUGCAGUACUUGACAAAGCCUACACUGAUAUAUUUGCAUCGUAUUUAAAAGACAAUGCUUACUUCAAAGUUGAAAAGGCUAAUCUUCUCGAAAUGCUUGAUCCAUUGACUGUGGAUAUUGAUGGUGUGUGGACAAAAGCAGCCCAGAAGCAUGCACUCAGUGAUAAAAUAGCUUCGUUUAAGGAUGCGCAUACAAACUCUGAGCCAAAGAUUUCCGAAAAGGUGGAAAUUGAUGAAACGUCAUCUUCUUCAGAUGGUGGGAAAAAGCGCGAUUCAAGAUCUUUGAAUGAGAUCACAAGAGAUGCUUUUUCCAGAAAGCAAGCACAUGCUUUCACUUCAAUAUCUGGUCAAAUACACAAUUCUGGCUGGAGAGAACGUCUUAGAAAGUCUGCUGUCGGUGCUAGUCAUUUAAGCUUUGGAUCCUCUUCAAUAAUUUCAUCAAUGGCACCUUCUUCUGUUCCAGCUGCAAUACAAAAUGCAAAUAAAUUGUCAUCUUUGCAAAUCGUACAGAAGGUUCUCAACUAUGUGGUUGAGUCGUUAAACCGUUCAAUCGAACUUGUUCCCGGAAAAAUUAAUGAAUAUUCGAUGGAUAUUUUUGAUAUUCUCAUGUUCAAGAUAGGACCUUCGUACAUAUUACCUGAGAUGGAAUCGCUCUACUAUAAUGAUGUUUUAAUUCCUCAUCAAAAGCUCAAUUCUUUCUUCACUUUAUCCUCCACAUCAGUGAAUUUGGAUUUCUUGCCACAGUUCAGUGAAAUCACAUUUCAGCUUUACCUUCUAUCUCUGGUGGUAAGAAAAUCUUUUUACCCGUUGCUUUUAACGGGUUCAACUAAAGCCAAGCUUGUUAACUUGUUUAAUGGCUUUAUUCAGGAUAUGGAAAUUGGUUUGAACAUUACUUUGAACAGUCUUAUUGAUCUGAUAGAAGCUAAUAUCAAGUCAAUUUUGAAUAGGCAGAAUACUGAAGAUUUCUGCCCAAGCACUCAGAACGUGGUCAUUGAUAAGACACACGUUUGUGAUAAAUUAACCCAGUUCAUUGAGUAUACUUUGCGGACUGUUCACAUAAGUAUGGCUUCAAAUCCAUUUUUUGAGUUUGAGUUGAUUAAGCGUAUCUCUGCAUUGCUUUUAACAACCUUAAUUGCACACUUUCAGCACUUUAAAGUGAAUUCUACGGGUUCUCUCAUUAUAACCCAGGAUAUUAUUCAUUAUAUCUCUGUCUUUGAUGUUGUAAACUUUGAUGAUUUAAAAAAAAGAAGAGAGUCCGCAAUCAAGGGUGUCAAACAGACUUUGCCAAGCUCUGAAGAUGUUUCCGGAAUUAGGGAAAACUUCAGCGUUCUUAAAGAAUUGGCAAAUCUCUUUUCGUGUCAACCUGAGCUUCUCUCUGAUCUUUGUAAUGAGGGCAAGCUUGCCAACUUGAAACGAAGUGUGUUAAGAGAGUACAUUCGGAAUAGAAUAGAUUUUAAGGAAUCGUUCUUGAACGGAAUAUAA